CUUGUAUAGCUGCGGGUGGCAAACACUCACUGCCUUGCUUCAGGUUGAAACUGGCGAUGACGAAGUAGUUGGUAGAAGCCCCCUUCUUGACAAAGAGACGCAACCAUGGCAGCUCUAGGGACGCAGCUGGUGGAUGCUCCUACUGCGGGACUGGAGCAGGUGCUCUACCGUCUCCAGGAGAAGCGUGUUGCCCUGGAGAGGGUCGUGCUGCAGUAUGGCGAGGCCCCCGCGGGUAUUAAGGAGGUGUUUGAGCUGUGCCGUGGCUUUGAGCGAGCCUACACUAGUUUUAUCAACGAGUCUCCGGUGGCCAGCAAGAUCAAGGAGGCAUUCCUGGGUGAGAAGGGCCUGGCGGGCAAGGUCAAGAAGCUGCCCAUGGACAAGGUGUACGACCUGAAGAACGUCAAGGCGGCAUGCCGGCAGGCGGACGGCUACCAGAUGAGCCUCGUGGCGCCGGAGAAGGGUCUGCGCCUGGUGACCACGGAGGCUCUGGACUUCGUGACGGACCCCGUCAACACGUGCGUGCAGGAGGUGUACAACCUGCUGGUGAACGCGGCCAGGGAGGCGGCUGAGAAGGCGGGCACGUUUACUGAGGCGGCGCUCAUGGGUGCCAUGCCCAUGUAUGUGCCCGACUUCAAGAACGUGGUCAUGCCCGCCAUCAUUGCCGCGCUGGACGAGUGGAAGAAGGAGUCGGAGAAGAUGGCGCACAUGCUUGUGGACAUGGAGAAGUCGUACGUGACCGCUGGCUUCUUCCGCCACACCACGCACCACCGCUACCAGCGCAUCAAGCAGCAGGACCAGAUGCGCGCUGCGAUGCAGGCCAAGGUCCCGGGGCAGCCGGAACAGAAGGGGGCGGUGGGGGCUGUGAAGCAGACGGCCGCCAAGUUCUUCCCCUCGUUCGGUCCUGCGGCGGGCGCUCCGGCGGCAGGGACCACGCCGCCCGGCACGCCGCCGCCCAACGGCGUGCCGGCGGAUGACGACUCGGACGACGGCAAGUCACCGCCCAAGACCGGCGGCGCGGGCAUGGCCAACGCAGACGACUUCAUCGCGGGCUACUUUGACAAGUACGUCAGCGAUGACAGCGCGCGCUUCCUGGAGUCCAUGAAGUGGCAGCGCCGCUUCUUCGUGUUCAGCGAGAGCCAGCGCGUGCUGUACUACUUCAAGAGCCCGGAGGACGUGUCCAAACCCAGCGGCCUGCGCGGUCAGGUCAACAUCGCGGAGUGCCUUGUGGAAGACCUUGACGACAAGGGCAACGCGCGGCCGGUGGGCGCCGGGCCCGCCACGCUCAACCCGCUGGACAAGGGGCAGCUGAUGAUCCGCAUUCGCCACAAGGACCCCCGCGGGGUAGCGGUGAAGGACCACAACGCCAUAAUCAUGCGUGCAGAGAACAUCGACACCAAGAUGACCUGGCUGGGCAAGCUGCGCAAGGCGGCCGAUCCGCGCCGCCCCGCUGCCGGCGCUCCGGGUGCGGCGGCCGCGGGCCAGGCUGGCGCCGCGCCCGCCGGUGGCGCGCCGGCGGCGGGCGGGGCUGCUGCUGCGGGCGGCGGUGCCGGCGCCGCGCCCUCGGCGACGGGUCCCUCGGCCAGCGCGAUUAGCGCCGUGCCUCCGCCCAGCGCGGCGGCGGUGGCGGCGGUUGGCGGCUUCGGCGGCUUUGCGGGUGUGCUGGACGAGGGCGACCUGAGCUGGGCCAAGGACGCAGAGCCGGUGCUGGACACACACCUCGGCGAGGGAAGCUCGGCAUUCAGGGCGGACGGCGUGCGCGACUCGGAGGGCCACCUGCUGCCGGCGCCGCCGCAGCUGCUCAACCCGCUGCGCCUCAAGGAGCGCAUGGGCCGCAUGGGCGGCUCGCUGGCGGGCGCGAGCGCAGAGGCGCGGUGGGACGCGCUGCUGGACCAGACGGCGUCCGAUAUGUCGCUGUACAUGGGCUGCAUCCAGGACACCAUCAUCAUCACCGUGCCCAAGGCCAUCGUGCACUGCAUGAUCCGCAAGUCGGAGAAGAACCUUCUGGAGCGGCUGUUCACGGUGAUCCAUCACCUCACGCCCACGCAGCUGGCCAACCUGCUCAAGGAGGACGAGCCCAUCAUAGAGAAGCGCAAGGCGGCGCGCGCAGCGCUGGAGGACGUCAAGACCGCAAUUUUCCAGCUGCAGCAGGUACUGGAGCGGCAGAACAUGGCGGCGCCGGGCGAGCGCAAGAACGUGGUGCAGCUGCAGGCGCUGGUGUUCGCGUAUGCGGGCAUCAAGGAGAAGCUCACGCCGGAGCAGUACAAGUUCUUUGACGACAAGUUCUGCGGGCAGUACGCGCCCGAGUGCGUGCGCUUUAACUGGUUCAUCCGGCCCAUGAACCCGCUGCCGCAGCCCGGCGGCCCGCCGCGGCCCGGCGGACCCCCAGGCCCGCCUGGCGGCGUGCUACCGGGGCCGGGCGGCCCUCCGGGCCCUGCCGGCCCGCCUGGCCCGCCCGGACCACCCGGCCAUGGCGGCGCGCCGCACGGCCCUCCGCACGGCGCGCCGGGAGGGCCCAUGCCGGGCCGCCCUGCGCCAGGCGCACCGGGUGGCCCUAUGCCGUCGGGCCCGAGCAUGAGUGGGCUGCAGCGGCCGCCUGGCGCACCGCCGGGGCAGCCGCAGCGGGCGCCGCCGCCGGCGCCAGGUGGCGCGCCGCCCAUGGGGCAACCGAUGGGCCAGCGCCGGCCACCGCCGCCGCCACCGGGCACGCGGUAGUCAUCUUGCUUGCAAUGGCGUGUGGCAUGGGCGGAAAGGGUUUGCUGGUAGGUGUGAGCAUGGUAGGCAGGGGUUUACGGCUCCUGUGGACACCUCGUGUAAUGACUGCGCGUGUUCAGCGAGGCUACCGUCGGAGGAAGAGCCACCUUUCUUGUCGGUGAGGCGGCGAAGUGCCAGCAUUACACCGUGAUAGGGACAUCAUAGUUUGGGCCGAUGGUCGCGCAUUGCGCGCGUCCAUGGGAUAGCUGGUGUGAGGGAUAACCGUGAGGCAGCAGGUUUGUGACACAGGUAUGACUGGCGCUAUGGAUGCAUUAGGGUCCAUAUAGUGUUGAGUGCUAGCCGUGUAGAGCACAAAAGGCGUGCUUGCGAAAAGGAUGCAAAAGGCUAGUUGCAGCGGUAACUGUCACGAGAUGACGAAGGCGUCAGCUGGCUGCACAUACCCUGGAUCUUCCAGUACCACUGCAUUUGUAACAUAUGUUCUAGAAAUGCAGCGUGAACUUGCGUAGCUUGAAUCGCGCAAGCACAAUAUGUAACGGUCAUUUUGCUUGCGUGUGCAUGAGUUAGAACCAUUUGCGUCGCUAUGUAAUGAACGGUCAGG